GCAGCGCCGCGCAUGCGUGUGACACGUGUUGGGCUCUCAGCCAUGGAGGCCCUGGUGGCGCCGAAGGAUCCAGCGUUGGUUCUGCACGGACGGGAGCAUGCCACGCCGGUACAAAGGCAGCCCUAUCAAAUGCGGCAGCCCUCAGGCAGAGCAAGUUUGGCAUUGCAGUGUUGCAGGCAGAGCGGUGCGUCCAAGGGAGUCGCACAGCCCGUUCGGACGGCACGAGGCAGUCAUCCACAAUACGUCAGCUGACAGGACACAAAGCUGCUAUUUACGGCGUGUGAGAAGAUGCAGCAGAUGCUUUCUCGAUGCUGUUUUCGUUGCGCCAGCGCAUCUCGUCUCGGUUCUGGUACCGGUAAGCGGCUUCGGCCGAUUGCCCAGUAGUGGUAGCCAUUCGACCUGGCGCGCCCUUACACAUCAUCACCCCAACCCAUCCACAUCCCUCGUUGCCAAAUGCACCUGUCCUCGUCGCGCCACGGACCUUCUGCUGCGAUAGCAAUCUUCGCCGUCCAACGGGCGACCGCCGCGUGCUGGCGAGGGUCAUUUCAGCGCUGACCGCCAUUGCUCGGUUACUCGUCGCGGACUGCAGUGCU